CCAAAUCACUGAGAACAAAAGUUCACUGCAGCGUAAGUGAAUCACUCGUUGUAAAGAUUUACUGUCUUUGCAAAAGCAUAAUCCAAGGGGGGUAAGUCAGUCAUCCAUUUGAUUUUUUUUUUUCAGGAGAGGAUGCAUCAAACCUGCCCUUGUGAUAAAGUUUUCCCUAGGUUUAGUUUGCACAAACCAUGUGUGUCACACAUUCAGCUCAUUCAGCUGUGUAGUUUAUAAGCAUACAAUCACUCGAUCAGUUUUCAGACACAAUAUACCAUGCUCCCUACUUGGAGUAAAUAUUUGAUAAUUAAAGGGUGAGUGGCCGCCCUAGACCUCUCCGAUUUCCUGACACUGAUCAAUAUUAUUUUUGCCUUAAUAUAUUGACGUUAUUGUGAGGUCUAGAUGAUUGGAUGGUUGCCAAGUCCCCUGAUUUUACAUUUUCGUCUCGGUCCAUCAAAGUGCGAAAAAAAGGAAGGAGGCCACUGUUCACGCAUCUUGACCGUAUGAAUCAAGUCAAAAGAUGAUUUAUCAUAUGGCCAAAAGAAAACGUUUUUGCUGGAACAUGCGUCAAGAUAGGUCUAACUUUCCUGUUGGGGUAGCCAAUUAGAACACAGGAUUUGCUUCAUUUUGCCCCCUGCAAUAACAUUUUCUACAGAGAUUCAGUUAUGUCCGUCAAGUAUGUGAACAAGCUUGCACCGUCUUUCUUGUGCAAGUUUUUUCAGCAUGUGCAUGUCAACCCUCAAUGAUCCUCAGACAUCCUCCCUCCCCCCACCUGUGAAGUAAAACAAGGCAUGAACACAUGGACAGAGACUACAGCACUGUAAAGACAUCAUACAGCAUGCAGAACCUAGGAAAAUUCAAGGAAAUGUCAAAAAAUGCUUGAAUACCAUUUCAGCUCACAUGCACAUUAAAGUUAUCAAUUUCAGAUUUUUUGCAUAAUUUAUCAUUUUUAGAUUUCUAAUGAUCAUUUCCUUUCAUGUUGAUCAUGAGUUUCAGUUUUUUGUAUGUAUCAUUAAUUUGAAGAUUUUUUGUAAUUAUCUCAUUUCAUGUAGAUCAUAAAUGAGUAUAUGAAGAGCCCUGUCUGAGAAUACUUUUUAUUAUUUAUUUAUGGAGAGCCAGCCAUAUACUGUAAUAGGCCAUCAUAAAGGUGAUUUCAUUUAAUACAUGUUCUUAAUUGCCUACUUGUUUUCAGGUUCAUCACACCAACCAUGGUUGACUGUAUCAAGUUAGGCCGUUUUUUGGUCUGUGUUGUUGGCAUUGCUUUGUCAGGUUAUGCUCUUCACGUUGAAUUAUCCCAUGCGCGCAAUAAAGAGUAUAAAGCCCUUUGUGACAUUAAUGAACACAUGAGCUGUUCAAAGGUAUUUUCUUCAAAGUAAGUAAAAUCAGCAUUAUAAAACUCAAUUGGAUUCUAGUGAUGACCACCAUACAGUGUCUCGGAAUGUCAGUCAGUGUCAAUAACACUCCUAUUCAGGACUACAAUCACUCGGAUGAUCAUAUUCCUGCACCUACUCAUAAGUGACUCUUUGUAAACCAUGAGAGCUAUUCUCCAUCUUUCCAAAGUUAAUCCUACAUAAUGAAUAGGGACAUAUCACUUCCAUUGUUUAUUUAAGAGACACUAACAUCGGGGAUCAUCAAGUGCCAAAAUACUGUGUUGAAAGUAGAACUAAACACAAUAUUAAUAGCUUUUGCCCUGUCAAUAGACCCUCCUGUGUUUUUUUCACGUUUUGAUGAGAGUCAUUUGACGAAAAUCUGUCCACACUACUGAAAAGAGUACUUUAGUAUUACUAACUUGUCAAGUUUGAAAGUAAUACAUAAAUAAAGCAAGUGAAGGUAUAGCUCUGUAAAGUCUGUUGCUAAAACUUUGCAACUUUGUGGAGCUGUAUUUUUAUCCUCAUUCUUUUUCAACAAAUCACUCUCAGACUUGGCAAUUGUACGAUUUUUUGGCUCUCUUUUUAGUGGUGUUGACGAAUUUCAAUAACUGAAAUUGUGUCAACGGUCAGAAAAAACCUUACAGCCAAAUUUUCUAUAUAUGCUCAACUGUGGCGUUGUUAAGGGGAUUCCACACCGUCAGUACUGUGAUAUCACAAAUAAUAAUUACAUGGUAUUUUAAUAAUGAUUUUAUCAUUAUUACUGAUUGGAAUACCGUAUUUAUUCGAUUAACCACCCUGGGCGCUUAUUAAAUUUUGUUGGACCUUGAGAAUGGGCACUUAUUCAAGGCUGGGCACUUAUUAAAUUUUCAGCAUAUUUUUCAGCAAGUGUAGUAUGUUUAUUUUGCAACAAAAGAAUAAAUUUAUAGUAAAAACAAAAUGCGAAGAUGUAACAAAGCAAGGUUUCUGUAAAAUACUCUGAAGAAAACUCCGUCCUUGGGGAAGUCUCUUAUUAGUACUUAUUCAAUUUUGGGGGGGGUGUGAGUGGAAAGGGGGUGGGGUGGGGGUGGGCGCUUAUUCGACCCUGGGCGCUUAUUCGAGGUGGGCGCUAAUUCGAGGUUGGGCGCUUAUUCAAAUAAAUACGGUAAACAACCUUAUGAAAAAUUGUUCAAAUCUGCAAUAUGUUGCAGACAACUAUAACAACUGUCCAGUAUAUAUCAUGUGUGGUAGUGCUUAUUGACAUGUAAGGACUAGCAUGUGUUGGCCAUGUGUGAGAAGUGCAUGUGUUGAUAGUUCAUUGUAUAAAAGACAGUUGGCUGUACAAAUGUGGGAUGUCUUGUAAUUUUUUUUCCUAACAAGUUUCUACUUUUGUUCUUCACCAGGUAUGGCACUGGCUUUGGUCUAGUUGAGCCGGUGCUUGGAAAAAAGUCUCUUCUCAAUGUGCCUAACAGUAUUUUUGGAAUUGCUUUCUACUCUUUGAUUAUGUUACUAGGUAAGAAGUACAAAAGAUAGAUUGCACUUUUCACUGGUAAAUCACCAUCCAGUAGCCUUUUAUAUGUUAACAAAACCAUUUCAUUUCAUUUCAUGAUUCAUUCCAUAUAUUUCAAAUUAAAGCCAUUUACAUUGUCCAGUGGUUGAUAGUUUCUCAUUUUGUAAAGUUCUGGUCCAUUGAGAAAACGUCACAGAUUUGAAACCUUGCCAAAAACUAUAGUUGUAGCAUCCAAGCAGUGUUUUUAAUGAGACUAAAAUAAUGCGACAUAUUCAGGUAAUUGUGUCAUCUUGUGAUGAGCUCAAACCUUACCAUUAGCCAUACCUCCUUUCCUUUUUUUAUCUAUUCAAAAAGGGAGCAACAAAAAUCCUGCAUUUCUGUUUGUAAAAACUCUGCUUGUGUCAUCUAUCUUUUACUUGGUGGGUUUUGUGGCUUGGGUUUGGAUUCAUAACUCUGGGGUCAAUUCAAUAAAACUUUUACAAGUGUAGCCAUUGUUUUUAGACCCUAAAACAAUGAUUACACAUGUAAAGUACACUUGUAAAAGUUUUAUUAAAUUGACCCCUGUAUUUGGACCAUGUGUCACACUGUCCCUCCUGGCAAAUACUUAUUGCAAACAAAACAAACAAACAAACAGUUUGUGAAGUAAGUUUUUUGUUUAGGUACUUAAGAAACUUUUCCUCCAUUUCACCAUCUCAAUACAAUCCUCCUGACGAUCGUAGCUGAAAGUAAAUUAGUACACAGCUUGUCCUUUGGGCAUGCAAGCAGCUCUCAUAUUUUGCUUGCCCAGGGCGACUUUUUGCUCAUGAUUUUGUUAGAGGAUGACUUCCCUGUACCCUUGCCCAUUUGGGCAAGUGAGCUUUAAAAGGUUCUCACCCAGCAAGAAAAUCUACUCGUCCUGCACUACUGGAUGGGACUUUUUUUUGGAUCCCUGCAUAUUGUUUUUAAGUUGGUGAACAUUGCUAUCAGUAAAUCUAUCUUUUAUUGCGAGAUUGAUUGACUGGUCUAUUAAUUACAGUGUGAUUGAUUUCAUCUCAGGUGUAUCCAGCGGUAAAUUUGCAGCAUGGUUGAUGUUCCUAUUUUCUCUGUUAUCAUGUGCUGGCUCCAUUUACCUGGGUUAUAUCUUGUUUUAUAUCUUGCAUGACACUUGUGUUGUGUGUAUCUCAACGUACGUUGUCAAUGCGUUCUUGUUAAUAAUUAACUUAAUAAACCUAAAACAGGUGCUCGCAGUAGCUGCUGUCAAAAAGAAGAAGGAAUAAAGUAAAUGUUGUGCUUGGCAAAGGAUUUUCCUACCCCUGUUGGUUUUUUCCCUGCUAGCAGUUGGUUUUCCAAAUCCUGAAUAAUGCUGUGGUCAAAGAGUUGGAACAUUGUCAACGUUCUUGAGAUCUGAUGUUGAGGAUGUCUGCAAUAUUUUUUUUGAUAGUAAAGCAAAACACUUUAAACUUGUCUUACAA